UUUAAAAAAUGAUAACACAACGCGGCAAAAACGCUCAAUAAAUUUUCAAACGCAUUCGCAAGUUCAAUUUUAAAUCUGGGAUAACAGCUGAGAAAAACAUACAUGGGUUAAUCAAAGCGAGUGAAAAUGUCGGGAGAAACAAGUUUAAAUGAAAUUGAAUUAAAAAUCGAGACUUCAACUUUCCUCGUUGACAAGGUAAAGGACGCGGGACUCCGGCAGUUAGACCUAAAGGGAGGGCUAUGGGUUUUGUUGAGUGAAAAAUCUUCCUACUUUAAAGUUUUGUUCGGAGAAAACUUUAAGGAAGGUGUUCAAAAACAAAUUAAGAUUCAGGAUGUUGAUCCGUCAGCUUUUUCAACAAUUCUCAACUGGUGCAAAUUUGGUGCCUUGGGUAAAUACACUAAAAUGUUACUUUUCAGAAAACUAUGGAAUCCUCGUGCAUUCUUCAUCAGACAAAAGCUUUACUCAGUCGAUAUGUCUCUUCGACAACUCAUACCAUUCCCUGUAUCUGAUAUGUCGUCAUUAGAAACUGUGAGUAUAAUCUCUCUGCUCAAGACCUCUCAUAUUCUCCUAUUUGACGAUGUAUCCCGGAGAAGCGAGGAGACCUUGCUAACCAGGGUUGAGCAGGAAAUCCCGGGAUCAUGUCUCCAGGUUCUCCUUGUAGCAGGGGAGCUGGGGUUGAGUAAUCUUAAAAAGAUUAGUCUCCGUCUUGCGGUUGAUAAAUUUGACAAACUUAAUAUUGAAGAUCUGGCGUCUCUAGAUGAAGAGACCCUGUCCGACAUACUUCUGAAUCCGGACCUGGAUUGUAGGACGGAUUCUAAACUGAUCUCCGUCCUCCAGUCCUGGACUAAACACUGGAGCUUGGUUCCACAAACUUUAACAAAAAAACUUAUUAAAUUACAAAUAAGUCUGAUGGAAGAAAUAUCAGAAACCUGUAACCUAUCUCCAGCUUUCAUUAGUUCCUUACACCUGGAGUAUUCAACCUUUCUAGCUCACUUAGAUUCACUUAAACAAAUCCAGAAACUGGAAUCAGAGAUGAAUCUAUCUUUAAUAAAUGAAAUGAUUCCAUACUUCCAAGCAAAUAUUAGAGAUUGCAUUGUGUUCCCUUGUAUUCUUGCAUAUCGAGUACCUGACAGUCAAGAUGGAAACAGGAGAAGAAACACUGACAGAAGAUGGAUUUGUUUUCAAUUCGAUCCUCGGACUGCAGAAUUUCGGGAGAGAUUCGGAUUAGACGAUAUUUGUAACAAAGACCGGGGUUAUCUGGCGUAUCCUACAGGUUGUAGAGUUACCAGCUCUGGGUCUAACAUAUAUAUAUCUGGAGGAGCGUUUGAUCCUGCCAGAAACUGGUGGAACCUUCAUAUAUUCAGAAUAUCCUUUCCUAGUGGAACAUGUGAAAUAGUGGGGAAAUUAUCUGAACCAAGACGACAUCACAGCGCUGUUAUCAUUGGUUGUUAUUUAUACUUGUUGGGAGGUUUUAACAAAACUAGAGUUAUUUUGAAUACAGUUGUCAGAAUUAAUCUAACCACAGGAGAAGAGUUUGAAUGUGCUUCUCUUCCUUCCUCAAUGUACAAGCUAGCAGCUACUGAACACAAGGGAAACCUUGUAGUUGUGAGAGGAGGAAGCUUCUAUACAUAUUAUCCAACCCAGGAUACCUGGAAAUCCAUUCGAAUCUUAUCCAGUAGCAUUCCUGAAGGAAUUGAGUUUCACUCUGCAAUUGGUAUUGGCUCUGUUGUGUAUCUAACAUCUACCUAUUGUACAGGAAUAUACAGGUUGCCACUUUGCGUUGAAACUGAGAUUGAUAAAGCUGUUCCAGAGGAAGAUCUGGAGAAGAAUAAUGAUCUAUCUGAAGAGAAUAUUAGCCUGGAGAAGGUUGGGGAUCUGAAGAAAGAAGCUCAGCAUCUCUGCAGUAUCGGAUCAAACCUCUGUAACUUCUACAUGGAGGAAUUCUCGGGGGAAAGAACUAUUGAAGUAUUUAAUUCUUCAAAAGGAUCAUCUGAAAUAGUUUGGUCUGUGGACGACUGUAAUCUCGAAUUCUCUUCACAAGCUUGUACAGCAUCCUUUUCCGUGAAUAAACUGGCCAACAUCAAAUAAACUAAUAUUUCAGA